UGUUACUGCCGUCUGUCCCGCGGACCGGUAGGAGGAACGUGACGAACAUCUCGUCGCCUUUCCUGACAUCAUCGACUCAAAAAUAACAGAUCUGUGCUUUAGUCACGUCACGGACGUUACUGACAGUUAGGUGUAGGCCUAAGACCCCAGAUUUCUUGCUGUGAACCUCCCUUGUCAAAUCCAUCAACACGAGCUUCCCCAGUAAGAGGUGUAGGCUGAGCUGCCCCCUACCUGGAUCUGACAGUACUGCAGCUAGCGCGAUGGACACCAUGGAGAUAGACGAUGCCUUGUACAGUCGUCAGCGGUAUGUGCUGGGAGACAGUGCCAUGGUGCGGAUGGCCAGGUCCUCUGUGUUCCUCAGUGGCUUAGGAGGACUGGGGGUGGAAGUAGCCAAGAACAUUGUGCUAGCAGGAAUCAAGAGCCUAACUGUCCACGACACCAAGACGGCCACCGUAGCAGACCUGGGAACACAGUUCUUCCUCAGAGAGGGCGACAUUAAAGAGGGGAAGAACAGAGCUGAAGCCAGUGUAGGAAGACUGGCAGAGUUGAACCCAUAUGUGACUGUGAAGGCCUCAACAUCACCACUAGGGGAGGACACUGACCUGGCUUUCCUGAAAGAAUAUCAGUGUGUUGUCCUGACGGAGGCCAGUCUGGACCUACAACUGAAGGUGAACUCCUUCUGUCGCACACAGGACCCUCCCAUCAAGUUUGUGACCGGGGAUGUGUAUGGGGUUUUCUGCUGCUGCUUCUGUGACUUUGGGGAUGAGUUUGAGGUGCGCGAUGCCACUGGAGAGGAACCGAAGGAAGUUUUCGUGGCCAAAGUUACCAAGGCCAGCCCCGGUGUGGUGACCUGUCUGGAGAACCGGAUGCACGGGUUUGAGACGGGCGAUGUGGUGACCUUCAAAGAGGUCACAGGGAUGGACGCUCUCAACGGAACCAGUCACAAAAUUAGUGUGAUAUCCUCCUAUGCCUUCUCUAUCUGUGACACUACUGAUGAGAAGUACCAACCUUACAAACACGGCGGGAUCGCACGGCAGGUCAAAGUACCAACCACUGUCAACUUUGAUUCCCUCGAGAAACAGCUGACCAGUCCAAACCUCCUGAUAGUGGACUUUGCCAAGAUGCAGGCACCCUCAACCGUACACCUUGGGAUGUGGGCACUGCACAUGUUUCAGAAGGAACACAGCAGACUUCCUAAACCUGGAAACUCAGACGAUGCUGCCAAACUGCUGGAGUUUGCCCAAUCACUCAACAGUAAGAUGCAUGAAAAGGUGGAGGAUGUGGACAGCAGGCUGCUAAAAUGGCUGUCCUACACAGCACAAGGCUGUUUUGCCCCGCUGACAGCUGCCAUGGGUGGGAUCCUAGCACAGGAGGUCCUCAAGGCUCUGACAGGGAAAUUCACACCUCUCAAACAAUGGCUCUACAUGGAUUCAGUAGAGGUCUGUCAAGACUUGGAGUCAAAGUUAGGAAGUCUACAGCCAAAGGGUGACCGUAACGAUGCCCUGAGGAUGUGUAUAGGAGAGGAACUACUGAAGAAGCUAGCUAGUUUAAAGUUGUUUAUGGUUGGCUGUGGUGCAAUAGGCUGUGAGAUGUUAAAGAACUAUGCUCUGAUGGGGAUAGCUUCAGCAGAAAAUGGGAUGAUCACCAUAACUGACAAUGACUUGAUUGAAAAGUCCAACCUGAACAGACAGUUUCUCUUCAGACCACAUCAUAUACGGCAACCCAAGAGCACCACAGCUGCAGCCUCUGCUUUAGAGAUUAACCCAGAUCUACACAUUGAUCCACAUCAACAUAAAGUUUGUCCUGACACGGAGGAGAAAGUGUACAACGACACAUUCUUUGAGAGCCAGGACCUGUGUGUGAACGCUCUGGACAACGUAGAGGCAAGAAGAUACAUGGACAGCCGAUGUGUGAGUAACCAGAGAGCUCUGCUUGAGUCCGGCACCAUGGGACCAAAGGGACACGUACAGACCAUCGUACCUCACCUGACAGAGUCCUACGGUAGCCAGAGAGACCCAGUUGACCACGAUGUCCCCUACUGUACUCUGAAGUCCUUCCCUGCAGUUAUAGAACACACUAUCCAGUGGGCUAGAGACAAGUUUGAAAGCAUGUACAGUCAGAAGCCUUCACUAUACAACAAGUUUUGGUCAACAAAUGGCUCUCCAGAAGAAAUCUUGCAGACCCUGAAGGGAGGGGCACAGUUAGACGGAGCUGUGCAGUGUGUAAAACUAUUGAAGAACAGACCACACAGAUGGGCAGACUGUGUCACAAUGGCAAGAGUCAAGUUUGAAAAAUAUUUUAAUCACAAGGCAAAGCAACUUCUCCAUACAUUCCCUCUUGACACAGCCAUGAAGGAUGGAACCCUUUUCUGGCAGUCUCCCAAACGACCACCCAAGCCAGUUGAUUUCGACAGUGACGAUGAACUACACAUCUUGUUUGUCAUGAGUUGUUCACGGCUGCUGGCUGGCCUGUGCAAUAUUCCAGUCACAGAUGAGGACUUGACCAAGGCUGCCCUACUAGAACUCCUAACCACCAUAGAAGUACCAGAGUUCAGACCAAAAUCAAAGACGAUAGAGACUGACGAGUCAGCCAAGAAGCCGGAUCAGGAGGAGUUCUCUGGAGACGAGGUGGAGAGAAGCAUCCACAAUCUGGAGAAGCUCCUCAAGGAGAGGAACCUCAACUCCAAUACUCUACAGAUGGUCCCUGCUGUAUUCGAAAAGGAUGAUGACAGCAACGGACACAUCGACUUCAUCACAGCCUGCUCCAAUCUGCGUGCCAGAAUGUACAGUAUUGAGGAGGCAGACCGGUUGAAGACCAAGCGUAUUGCCGGCCGGAUUGUUCCAGCCAUUGCCACCACGACUGCUGCUGUAGCGGGAUUGGUUUCCAUAGAGCUGGUAAAAGUGGUCCUGGGUUCCCCACUAGAACACUACAGAAAUUGUUUCCUGAACCUAGCCCUGCCUGUCAUGGUGUUCUCAGAACCUGCGCCUCCGGAGAAGUCUGUCAUCAGGGAAGGCCUGACGGUCACCCUGUGGGACAAGUGGGACAUCCACGGCAACAAGGACUUCACCCUGAAACAGUUCCUUGGCUACUUCAAGGAGAAACAUGGUUUUGAGGCUACCAUGGUUGUGUACGGAGUGAAGAUGGUGUAUGUACCCAUCAUGCCUGGUCACAAGAAAAGACUACCACAGACAAUGGUAAAACUGAUCAAACCUGGUGCAGAGAAGAAGUAUGUGGACUUGACUGUUUCCUUUGAAGGAGAAGACGGAGAAGACAUCCCUGGCCCACCUGUACGCUACUUCUUCCAUCUUUAAGGUGCCAUCCUCAUCCAUGAAUCUUUAAGUCAUUCAGUGUCUUGGGGAAGCUUAUAUAGACACUGUGAGGUAAUAUCUCAAUGUGAUGCCUGAAAAAACACUCAGUUUAACUGUUCACUCUCCAUGUCCACACAAGCCUGAUUUUAUGGAAGUGACAAAAUCUCAACUCAAUCCAGAUUGAAAGAACUGUCGUGUUACUUGGCCAACCAGGA